AUGGCUAGUGAAAGUAAUGAUGAAAUAAAUUUAAAACAAUGCUUAGAAUUAUUAAUUAUUAUUAUUUCUGAUACAAUCGAUAAUAUUGAACAACAAAUAAAUCAAUCAAAUGAAAAACAAUUAAUAAAUAAUCUUCAAAUACAAAUAAAAAAUCUUUUAAUUGAUAAUCUUUUAUCUUUAUCUUUUCAAUCUCGUAAUUAUCUUUUCGAUAUAUUAAAUCAAUAUAAUUAUAAUAUUGAAGAAAAAAUAUUUUCAAUUGAAUUAACAAAAAAUAUAUUACCUUCAUUUAUAUAUAAUCUUCAAGGUAGAUUAUUUUUAAUUGAUGCAUGUCAAGCUGCAUGGUAUGGAGAUGAAUUAAUUAUAAAAGAUUUUAUUGAAAAAUAUUCAUUAUUCAAAAAUAAAUCUGGUCUUUAUGGAACAACUCUUUUAUAUUCAGCAACAAGAAAUAAUCAUUUAAAUUUAGUUAAAUAUCUUAUUGAAAUAGGUAAAUGUUCAAUUAAUAUAAAAAAUGAAGAUUAUAAUGAUAAAAAUCAUGAAACAAAAAUUAAAGCAAUUAUUGGUUCAACACCCCUACAUGCAGCUUGUUUUAAUGGACAUAUAGAAAUUGUCAAAUAUUUAAUAGAACAUGGUGCUGAUUAUUUUAUAUUAAAUAAUUUAUAUGAAACUCCAAUACAAAAUGGACAAUUAAGAACAAAUAUUCGAAAAUUUUUUGAAGAUUUUCUUUUAUUUGGUUAUUCAAAAAAAUUAGAUAUUCUACCAAAUAAAACAAUAAUUGAAGAAAUAAAACAAAAUAAAGAUAUUAUUGAUUGUAUUUGGGAAUAUAAAAUAUUUUCACAUGAUCAAUGGUUACCAAUUUCAUUAGAAUUAUCAUAUCAACUUCAACAAUCUUUAAUUAUUAAUUCAAAUAAAAAAUUUCAAACUGAUAUUAUUUUAAAAAUAUCAACAGAUAUUUAUCAUAUUUCACUUGCACAAUUUUUAUAUUCAACUAUAAAUAAUGAUCAAACAAAAAAUUUUAUUUGGAUUCGUUGUCGAGGUUCAUCGCUAUUAAAUUUUCAUUGUUAUUCACAAUGGCAAAUUAUGUUUAUUCAACAUCCAACAGGUAUAAUAAAUAAUUCAUCAUCAAUACAAAUAUUUAAUAUGACAACAACAACAACAAAUAUACAACUUAAUUCAUGGUAUAAUUGUAAUACAAAAAUUAAUUUUUUAUUUGAAAUAGCAAUGAAUUAUCGACAAAAAAAUAUAAUUAUUAAUUUAGAUUUUAUUAAUAAUGAACAAAUUAUAUUUGAUCUUGAAAAUUUUACAUUUACUAAUCAACAAAAUACAAUUAAAGGUUUUUUAAGAUGGAUACCAAAAAUAAUACUUAAUGAUAAUAGUAAAUUAAUACCUGUUGAUAAUUUUCAAUUAUCAACAAAUUUAGAUUUAAUAUUACUUAAUAUAUCUUAUAUAAAACAAGCACAACUUAAUGGAAUUAUUUCAAUAGAUGAAAUUAAUCAAUAUGAAUUGAAAUAUGAAAAUAUUUUUGAUAAUGAAAUUUUAAAUUUUUCAAAUAAGCAAUCGACAAAUGAAAAAGAUUCGAAGAAUUUAAUAAAUAUUAUUCAAGGUAAUAUCAUAAAUGAACAAAGUGAUGUUAUUGUAAUAUGUACUUUAUCAAAAAAUUUAAUUGAAAGUAUUUUUACAGUAUAUGGAAAAUCUCUACAAAACUUACUUGAAAUGAAAAUAAAAGAAAAUCUUAAUAAUUCUAUUAUUAGUAUUACUACUGAUGGUAAACUUCCAUCAAAAGUAAUUUAUUUUGUUCUAUGGAAACCUAAUUCUAAUCCUGAUAUACUUUGUCAAUCAAUACAACAAUUAGUUUUCAAUGUAAUAGAAAAAGCAAUAAAUGAAAAUUAUAAAAGUAUUACAUUUCCAGCUAUUGGUUGUGGUGAAUAUGGAUGUUCAAUUCGACUUAUUGCUGAAACAUUUAUUAAACAAGUUCAAGAACAAUUAAUUAAAUAUCCAAUAAAAAUUUCAUUUGUAAUUCAACCGGAUAGAACAGAUAUUUAUAAUGAAUUUUGUAAACAAUUUAAUUCAUUUCAACAACAAGAACAAAUUUCAAUAACAAAAUCAAUAUCAUUAAUAAUUGAAAAAGGAAAAAUUGAAAUUGAACAAGGUGAUAUUAUAAAACAAAAUGUAGAUGUUAUUAUUGCAAGUUCAUCAUCGGAAGAUUUAACACAAAUUUUAAUGAAAGCUGGUGGAGAUGAAGUCGAAAUUGCUUAUUAUCAAGCAUAUAUAAAUAAUCCAAAUUCAUUAAUUAUUUCAACACCAUCAGGUCAAUUGCCUUGUAAAAGAAUAUUUUUUAUUAAAUGGGAACCAAAUAGAGAUCCUGAAUUACUUCAACAAUCAGUUAUUGAUCUUAUAUGGAAUGUUAUUCAAAAUGUUAUUUCAUAUAAUUAUAAUUCAAUUGCAUUUCCAGCUCUUGGAUGUGGAAAACAUGCUUGUUCAAUUGAUAUUAUUAUUAAAACAAUGAUAAGAGAAAUGAAAAAAGAAAUUCAAAUGAGAAAAUUAUCAUGGUUAGUGAAAUUUAUUAUUCAACCUAAUCACCAAAAUAUUUAUGAUGAAUUUUGUAAACAACUUUUAUCAUCAAAUGAAAAUUAUCAUGCAUCAAUCGAUUAUCAAUUACCUUUAACAUGGGAAAAAUCAAAAGAAAAUAAAUUAAGAUUUAUUUUAUCGAAAAAUACUGAUGAAUAUAAAUCUAUUUCGAACAAUUUUGAUCAAGCUAUGAAAGAAAAAUAUACAAAAAUUAUAAAAAUUGAACGAAUUCAAAAUGAACGAUGGUUUAUGCAAUAUAUUGCACAUUGGACAGAUUUUAAAAAACGAUUAAAUAAAGACACUGAGAAACGUUUAUAUCAUGGUUGUUCUGACGAAGCAGCAAAUUCAAUAAUUGAAGAUUGUUUUAAUAGAAGUUUUGCUGGUGUUAAUGGAACAACAUAUGGUAUCGGUGUUUAUUUUUCAUCAAGUGCAGCUUAUAGUCAUGAAUUUACAAGACUAAAUUCAAAUCAAGAACGAUGUAUGUUUCUUGCUCGUGUUCUUAUUGGAAAGACAACUUUAGGAAAUAAAUCAAUGAAAACUCGACCAUUUGGAUUUGAUUCAACAACAGAUGGACAUCAUAUUUUUGUUACUUAUCAUGAUGCACAAGCAUAUGCUGAAUAUUUAAUUACAUAUAAAUAG